AGCAACCAAUGGAAAAGAGAUGAAAGGACUAUUUCCUCGCAGUCAUUGAAAACAUUUGCAAUAUUACCAAGGCGUCAAUCAGUUGAAAAAUUUAUACCGUCUCUCAGAGCUAAAUCAGUUACAAAGUUUGGACGAUCUAUUAGACCACAAUCAGUUACAAGAUUUAGACGAUCUAUAAGGCCUCAGUCAGUAACAAGAUUUGGACGAUCCAUUAGACCUCAAUCAGUAACAAGAUUUGGACGACCUAUCAGACCUCAAUCAGUUACGACAUUUGGACGAUCUAUGAAGCCUCAGUCAGUAACAAUAUUUGGACGAUCCAUUAGACCUCAAUCAGUAACAAGGUUUGGACGAUCUAUUAGACCACAAUCAGUAACAAGAUUUGGAAGAUCUAUAAGACUUCAAUCAGUAACAAGAUUUGGACGAUCCAUUAGACCUCAAUCAGUAAGAAGAUUUGGACCAUCUAUCAGACCUCAAUCAGGUACGAGAUUUGGACGAUCUAUAAGACCCCAGUCAGUAACAAGAUUUGGACGAUCCAUUAGACCUCCAUCAGUAACAAGGUUUGGACGAUCUAUUAGACCACAAUCAGUAACAAGACUUGAAAGAUCUAUAAGAUCUCAAUCAGUAACAAGAUUUGGAAGAUCUAUAAGACCACAAUCAGUAACAAGAUUUGGACGAUCUAUUAGACCACUAUCAGUAACAAGAUUUGGUCGAUCUACUAGACCACUAUCAGUGACAGGAUUUGGUCAAUCUAUUAGACCACAAUCAGUAACGAGAGUUGGUCGAUCUGUUAGAACACAAUCAGUAACAAGAUUUGGACGAUCUAUAAGACCACAAUCAGUAACAAGAUUUGGAAGAUCUAUUAGACCACAAUCAGUAACAAGAUUUGGACGAUCUAUUAGAUCACAAUCAGUAACAAGACUUGGAAGAUCUAUAAGAUCUCAAUCAGUAACAAGAUUUGGAAGAUCUAUAAGACCACAAUCAGUAACAAGAUUUGGACGAUCUAUUAGACCACAAUCAGUAACAAGAUUUGGUCGAUCUACUAUACCACAAUCAGUGACAAGAUUUGGUCGAUCUAUUAGACCACAAUCAGUAACAAGAUUUGGAAGAUCUAUAAGACCUCAAUCAGUAACAAGAUUUACGAAUUAGUCAACAAGAUUUGGUCGAUCUAUUAGACCAGAAUCAGUAACAAGAUUUGGACGAUCUAUAAGACCACAAUCAGUAACAAGAUUUGGUCGAUUUAUUAGACCACAAUCACUAACAAUAUUUGGUCGAUCUGUUAGACCACAAUCAGUAACACGAUUUGGACGAUCUAUUAGACCACAAUCAGUAACAAGAUUUGGACGAUCUAUAAGACCACAAUCAGUAACAAGAUUUGGUCGAUCUAUUAGACCACAAUCAGUAACAAGAUUUGGUCGAUUUAUUAGACCACAAUCACUAACAAGAUUUGGUCGAUCUGUUAGACCACAAUCAGUAACACGAUUUGGACGAUCUAUUAGACCACAAUCAGUAACAAGAUUUGGAAGAUCUAUAAGACCUCAAUCAGUAACAAGAUUUGGACGAUCCAUUAGACCUCAAUCAGUAAGAAGAUUUGGAUCGAUCUAUUAGACCAUCAAUCAGUAACAAGAUUUGGACGAUCUAUAAGACCACAAUCAGUAACAAGAUUUGGACGAUCUAUUAGACCACAAUCAUCACAACAAGAUUUGGUCGAUCUAUUAGACCACAAUCAGUAACAAGAUUUGUCGAUCUAUUAGACCACAAUCAGUAACAAGAUUUGGACGAUCUAUUAGACCAAUCAAUCAGAUUUAACAAGAUUUGGACGAUCUAUUAGACCACAAUCAGUAACAAAGAUUUGGACGAUCUAUUAGACCACAAUCAGUAACAAGAUUUGGUCGAUCUAUAAGACCGAUCAAUCAGUAACAAGAUUUGGAUCUAUAAGACCUCAAUCAGUAACAAGAUUUAUUUAGACCACAAUCAGUAACAAGAUUUGGACGAUCUAUUAGACCACAAUCAGUAACAAGAUUUGGACGAUCUAUUAGACCACAAUCAGUAACAAUCAGUAACAAGAUUUGGACGAUCUAUUAGACCACAAUCGGUAACAAGAUUUGGUCGAUCUACUAUACCACAAUCAGUGACAAGACUUGGUCGAUCUACUAGACUACAAUCAGUAACAAGAUUUGGUCGAUCUAUUAGACCAGAAUCAGUAACAAGAUUUGGACGAUCUAUAAGACCACAAUCAGUAACAAGAUUUGGUCGAUUUAUUAGACCACAAUCACUAACAAUAUUUGGUCGAUCUGUUAGACCACAAUCAGUAACACGAUUUGGACGAUCUAUUAGACCACAAUCAGUAACAAGAUUUGGACGAUCUAUUAGACCACAAUCAGUAACAAGAUUUGGUCGAUCUAUUAGACCACAAUCAGUAACAAGAUUUGGUCGAUCUAUUAGACCACAAUCAGUAACAAGAUUUGGACGAUCUAUAAGACCACAAUCAGUAACAAGAUUUGGUCGAUCUAUUAGACCACAAUCAGUAACAAGAUUUGGACGAUCUAUUAGACCACAAUCAGUAACAAGAUUUGGACGAUCUAUAAGAUCUCAAUCAGUAACAAGAUUUGGUCGAUCUAUUAGACCACAAUCAGUAACGAGAUUUGGUCGAUCUGUUAGACCACAAUCAGUAACAAGAUUUGGACAUCUAUAA